CUAUUCUCGCCAUUUUCCGUCAAGCUCAACUCAAUCAAGUUAGCUCCUGUCAGUCGUCGUGUUUGUGUGCAGUGUUGUGAAAAAUUAUUUGUACCGAUGAAUGUCAAUGGGAAAUCGUGUUGAUUACGACGCCAAGCUAUGGCUCGAUUAUUGUGUUUGUGGCUUUAAAGCACCGCUCGAUCAGUGAUAAUGGCCGAGUGAUUGGUUAGUGCAGUGUUUUGUGUCGUAUGCUGGGCUGUCGCAGCUACAGUGAGAUCCUUUCUCUGGAUACAUCGUCUGUACAGCGACGUGGGAUCUUAGUUCGACAAGACGAGGCACCAUGUCGGCGAAAAAUAUCCCUGGAGACAAGAUCAACUUGCGGCUGAUCCUGGUGUCGGGGAAGACGAAGGAGUUCGUGUUCAGCCCCGUCGACUCGGCCGGCGACAUCGCGGUGCACGUCUAUGACAACUGGCCAGAAGCCGACUGGGCGUCUGAGUGCGUGUCUCGAGCCGAGAUCCUGCGACUCAUCUACCAGGGUCGCUUCCUGCACAGUUCGGUGACGCUGGGCGCGCUAGGGUUGCCGCUCGGCCGCACAACCGUGAUGCACCUCGUGCCACGAGAACAUCUGCCUGAACCAAACUCACAUGAUCAACGACAAAAGAGCAAAGGGGGUUCCAGCAGUUGUUGUUCCGCAUCUUGCUGCAUAUUGUAAUGCCCCCUCGUGCGAGCGCGGGGGCACGGGGGCACGCGGGUCAGCGGCGGGGAGGGGGCACGGACUCAGUGUGUUCAGUGACGUAGAGUCGGGAUUCCAUUUCGCCCUAAACUAUUGUAGUUUUUAAAUUAAAACCGUAACACUUGCGAUAUUUUUAAAACGCCUCUAGUUAAUUAAGAUCCUAGAUCUGUUAUUUCGCGGGCACGUUCAUUUGUAAGCUUACGUUUGAAUAUGACGCACAAAAUUAAUGUCUUUAAAGUCGGAGCACACAACGAGCGAUGAUAUUAUAUUUGAAAAUAUCGCAAGCGAAUCGACUGGAUGCAUCCUCUGUGAAUUGGAUUUAUGCACGCCGUGAAUAAAUCCAUCAUGAAUUUUACGGAUUUGAUGGGUUAUGGAUGUAUAGGAUGGGUUUGGUCGGGAUGAGUCGAGUUAAUUCUUAGCUUCUACAGCUGUGUUAGAUUAAGAAUUAAGUUCAUUGGAUUUAGACUAAAUAAUUAAUUUCUGUGUUGAUCUCAUAAAUAAUCUAAUAAUUAUGUUGAAGUAAGUCAAAAAACAUUAACAUCACAGCAAUGUUUUAAAUUGCUCGGAUUACAUCGACUUUAGUAAACCUUUGUAACGUAAACUAUAUUUUACGGCUUUCAUGUGAUACGGUUUUUUUUACAUAUUUUUUUGUAAUGCUCACAAAAUCUAACAUGGCUGUAAAACUAAGACAAUUUCAUUUCACAAUGAUUACAAAUUUGUUAGUAUUAUAAUUUAGAUGGACAUGAAUUUACGUUACUGCGGAUUAUAUUUAUAGAAUAAAAAAUAAACUUAAAUGACAAAAUAAGUAGUGAAAAUAAAAAGAAAGGAUGUGUGUAUAUUAAAUGAAUCUUUUUUGCAUUGUACAUAUUUGAAGAGUUCGCUAUAGAAGUAAAUGGAGCUACUUGUUUACUUUUGUGAUAGGUUAUUGCAAUAAUCUUUUUAAUUUUUUUUUUCUUGAUUAUAAAAAGCAAAAUAAUGAAGUAUUGUUACUACGCUUGUAAAUGUUAAAUUAUCGGUGCAAUUGGAUCACAUACUUUUUCGCAUAGGAUUUUUUUUGAAAUGGUAGAGAUUUUUCUUUUGUAAAGUUUUUUUUUUGGUCUUGUUUAGAAAUGAAUUAAAAUAGAUUUUUUGUUUAUGUAAUGUUUUUAAAAGUAUAUUUGAGUACUAUGUUAAAUUUACAACUUUGUGUGAACUUUUUCAGGGGAAAAAAUUGUAAUAAACCAGUUUUUUCUGACAACCAAUAAAUUUUGCAUGAAUUGUAAAAUUCUUGUGACAUGAGUGUACAUCAUGUGCAAUAUUUUUUUUUA